UCUUGUGUCAGUUUUUACAACAGGGGCCACUUAUUCCCAGAAGCCCUUUGUGGUGAAGCGAGGGAAGGCUGCUAAAUAAGAUAAGAAAAGCUUGUCAGAAGAAACAGACAGACCUAAAGUGUCACUGCUCACACGCAGGAGCUACGGAGCCAUCUGGGUAGCAAUGCAGAUACAGUUUUGGGUGCGAGUGGCGAAAACCUACCUUUUGAUAAACAACUUGUUCAUCACGCUGUUAGGGAUUGUGAUUUUCUCAGUUUCUCUACGGAUCCACUUUGAUGAUCACUUCACUGUCCUCCAGAAUGUGUACCUGCCGAACAACAAAUUCAAAGGAAUUCAUUCCACAGCUCUAUAUGGAGGACUGGCUGUCAGCAUGGUUCUUACAUUUGCUGGCAUGGUAUGCACUGCAGGUCUGAUCCAAGAGUCCCGGCGGCAUCUGGCAAUGGGCUACUUCUGCCUGGCAACUUUGUUUUGUGUCACAGUACAGCUGGGAUAUUGGAGGUACACCCAUGGUGAAGAGGUGGGGAAUGUAGUAAAAGACAUCUAUGAUUUUCUUUAUUACAACUUCACAAGGAACAAGUCAACAAUUGCUGGAAAGCAUCUGGAAGAUAUACAUUCUGUGUAUGUUUGCUGUGGAAAGUGCUCCAGCUUUUCACCCACCUGUAAUAUAGAAGACAACACCUGUCCUGACAAAUUGACAGGAGUCACUGAGGACUGUCUUGUUACAAUGACAGAUUUUGUGAUGAAUUGCACUAAUGUCCAAGGAAUGCUCAUUCUAUUCACUACCAUAUUCACGGCACAUAUAAAUGAUGUAGAUGACCUGAAGUGGAGGAGAAGGAAAAUGGAAAAGCAAAUGACUGGGGGUAAAACAGGAUGGAAUAUUUUCAAAGAUGUACAGCUAAAUUAAUUUCCACUACCUGAUGUUUCCAUUGAAAUGACCUUAAGGGGACAAACACAUUUGGUUUACAGUCAACUUCCAUAAAUUCUGUACUCAGAAGGUGCAGCUGAUAUACAUGGAUAUUAAUGACUUUAACUAAUCUAGAAUUCAUACUGGAAAAGUAUUUGUGGUAAGAUUCAAAAUUUAGAGACAAUGCAGUAGCAAAAUAUAUAUUUUUUAUUAUCUGCAGUUGGAAUGUUCAGGGUUUGUUCCUGCCUUGCGCCUCUUUGCUGC